CACAGAAAGUGAAACAUCAACAUGGUUAAUCCAGAUCUGGAAGAAAAAGAGAUCAGACACCUGACGUUUUGGGACAGACGCUGAUGUUGUGAGAACAGAGAGAGAGGGGAGAUGGGAUACAGAAAGGGGGUGUGUCAGAUAUAGUGUGCCCAUGCGAAAGGGACUGAGAUGGGUAUGUGUGUGUGUGUGUGUGUGUUAGAGAGAGAGUGCUAAAACAGACGCCCGUGCAGGCACGGACAGAAUCAAAUCUUUUCUGCACCAGGACGGCGGGAAGAAGGAUUACUCCUAUUUUAGACUCUUUAUCCAUGCGUCCCAGGGUUCAGAUCCAACACAGAAUGUGAAAGUAGACCAGUGACUUUCUGGGAUGUAAUAUCUUGAGAAGUGUGUCAGUAUGACCCCUCACAGUCGAGCGCUCCUGCUGGUCUUCAGUUUCUGGCUGUGUGGUAACCUGAGUGCUGUAUCUCUAAAUAGAGCCCUCUCUUCCACCGACACAGACACAACCGCUAAUCCAGCCAGCAGCUCAGCGUGGACGUCAUGGCACACCAAAAUGGAGAUGAAUACUCCUACCAUCCUCAGUUUAUCCACAAAAUUAUUCAACUCAAAGGAGACCACCAAAGGUCCAGUGACAGCACUUCCGGUCUUACUUUCAGCCUCAAGAGCGCCAUGGACCAAAAGUUCUUACCCUAAAAUUCCUUUAGACAUCCAGAGAGAUGAAGAGGGACCUCAAACGGAAGCAUUUGAUGAGGACAAUCUUAGCAUGAAAGGCAAAACUGCGCUGUCAUUUGAAACUCAUUCAUUGACAACACUAAAGCCUGAUUUAAAACCUCAGACCUGGAGUACAGAGUCCAUAACACCUAUUGCUUAUGCAGAGACAUAUACAUCCCAGAUUUCUACCAAACAGGGAACUUACCAGACACCAUGGAAGUCCUCUGGUCCUGCUCAGACACCAUAUGCCAGAGGAACUCUAGAUGGUAUGAAUUUGCCAAGAGGGCUGAUAGACUAUCUGUGGCCAUCUGAGAAAACAAAAGACCUGACAGAUGCCCCUACAGGUGAUGACUGGCAAGACACUUCCACAAUUCCAAACUGCAACCUGAUUGGCCCUGGGAUCUGUCAGUCCCCUGAUUCCUUGAGGAGUCGUGCAAAUAACACCACCUUGUCAACCCCACCUCCUUUGACAGAAACCACACCCCCUGGCAUCAUAAGCCCACCCCUUGAUGCCCUGACCCCACCUCUAUUGGUCCCUCUGCUGACCGACUGGAAUGCUGCCAUGGCCACAUGGGGCCUGGCCUGGGAGCUGCAGGUUUACGGGCUCGGCUGCGUGUUCUCCCUCGUGGCCGUGCUUUCCGCUCUCAGCCUGAUGUGUUUGCCCUUGCGCUGGCCCUCUGGCUGUGCCUACUUCAGCCUCCUCCACCUCCUCCAACUAUUGACAGGUUCGAGCCGGGCCCUGUGGCUGCUCUACGAUCCGUACGGCCAAAAAGAUCGCAUCCCUGCAGGCUUUGCGCGACUGCUGCACGAGGCCGCCUAUCCCUGUCUUGCGGCUUCAUUUGGCCUGCUGCUGCUACUGCUUACUGCACGUUCUUGCACUCAGCUUCUUUCCCAGAAUACCUUGCAGCGCAGCUCCUGCCUGUUGGCAGCGCUGGUCCUGUUGCACGUAGCCGUGGUGAUGGUUUCUGUGGCAAUCCUGCAACUUUUUCCCACACUUCCAGUUGUGCCCCUAAUACCACCCGCAGCCUUCUUGUUGAUGUCCGUACUUUUGUCCAUGACGUACCUGCUUUUGUACUGCUGCGCUCGUGCAGACGCCAAGCACAUCUACCGGCUCAGCGAAAAUUCCCCGGAGCGUCCGGCAUGCCACGCCAGUCAUUGUCCAUUUACAGAGGCACGUAUGUGGGAGAGGGCAGCCAGGGCAGGGGUCUUCUCUGCGCUCUUUCUCUUAGCAUGUGGUGGGCUCAGGUUGUAUGCUAUGCUUUACGCCGGAGGACUCACCAAUGAAGUCAUGGUUGGUCUGAUGCCCUGGCCUUGGUGGGCCUUCCAGCUGAGCUGCAGAGUGUGCGAGGCGGGCGUAUGUCUGACCCUUGCUCUAAUAAUAACUCACCCCCUCCUCUGUUGUGGUGUUCCUCUCACCAAGCCAAGUGGCUUCGGCUUGCUUUUCAAAAAGUCACAAAUCGAGAGCGCCGCAUCUGCAAAAGCCACCAUUCUCUCGAGUCGAUGCGGAUGGUCGCUGCGGCCUGCAGAAAAAUUAGGAUUGUGCGAGGGCAUGGCGCGACGAGAAAGCGAGAGCAUUCCACUCUACACUCUGGUGGAGCUCCCACACAGUGAAUCCCAAGGAUUGGACUUCCACUAUCCCAACAGCCCUCAGCACAAGCUCUCUACCCAAACCGCAAACAAGGGCAGGGCAUCCCAUUCACCCUCCUUCGCCAGCCUGGAUGCCGAUUCUACGGCAGAUCUGCGGCCUCCUUCUCCUAUCGACCUACGACGUAGCAUCGAUGAAGCUCUGAACAGCGAGGCUCUCUUUCAACACAGCUUGUUCGGCUCUUCCCAGCUCUCUCUUAGCACCCGUGGGCCACCGGAUGGACAGCCCUGUCGGGGAAACUCAACAGCCGAACCCAGCCUGUAUCGUACUGCCUCUUGUGGGGAUGUGGACCCCCCUACCGUACUCACCCGACCCCGGCAAUGGAGCACUAUCGCGGGGAGACCGUCUGUCAGUGGAGGCCAGGAUUCAAACUAUUGCAGAAGGUUUAACUCAGAACAGCAGUCGCAGAACAGCGUACACAGGGGCUCUCAGCCAGGGCUGCAAUUCCAGAGACGGUACAAGACCUUGGGUUCAACUUCCUCCAAAGGGAGUCUAGAUGUAGAGACACAUUCGCAUGCUGAUGAGCUGGCCGUUCAGGCUGAAUUCAUUCAUGUAUGCAGGCAAAUAGAUGCUCUGAGUGUCAGCAGUGAUACCAUUGAGCUGUAGUUUAACAGUGGAGAUGAUGCCCAACCUGCAAGAUGUUAACAAAAGUUCAAAAGACUUUAUUAUGACGCAAAAGAUGGGAUUUUUUUAGAGAAGAAUUUGCUGGCGCAUACUUAAAAGAAAACUCUUAGGACAAUGAAGUUGUCAACAACAACGAGUUUUAUUAUAGUGAAAGUGUAGCAACCAUGUUUUUAAAAUGGAUUGACUAUUAUUUAUAUUAACAUAAACUAUAGUUAUUGUGGUGGAAACAUGUAAAUAACUGCAACGUGACAUGGAAUCCUCUGAACCACGGAUUGACAGUUUUUUCAGAAAUUACUUCCAUACUUGACAUAGGCUACAGUCUAUCACAUUUAACCUUGUUUAAACGCUUGGAUUGACUAAAAGACUUAUUCAAGAUAAUUUAAAGGAGAAGGGUAUACAUAGAGCUUUUGAGUACCUUUCAGCAAUAAAGCUAGCACUUAUGAACAUGUUUUAUAAUAAGAAGUCGGUCAGAGUGUUUUGAUUCCACUAGAGACUUACAUUCAUUGCAACAUUAUUAUUGCAGCAGCAAACCCAAUGAAACUGUGGCAGCUCUGUCUCUUGGGUAACUUUUUUCUGGAUUAAGACAUUGAUGUCCUGUUGGCACAUAGACUUAUGGGGAAAAGUAUUAAACAAAAGACUGCAUUAAGACAAAACAAUUAUUCUUGCUAUUUUAUUUAAUCAGCGAUUGUAUUUAAAUGCCAUCUGCUUUUGUUUAGCUGUUUUUUCUUUCCUUUACGUUCUUUACUUUGUUUCUACAGACUAUGUCACUUUUUCUUUUAAAAAAAGGGUCAUAGUUAAAAAUGUUUUUUUUUUUUUGUAAAAAAAAAAAUACUGGAUAAAAGUCAAAGAUAUAGUCAGUAUUUAACUUCCAAGUUAUGUUCACUGUAUUGCACUCUCUUUCUAAGUUUUAAAUAGCAUACUAUUAUAUUUAUUACACUUCUAUGUAUACAGUUUGGUAAUUUUCUGUAUACAAGGAAGACCUGAAUUUGCUCAAAUGUGCUCGACAGUAAAAUACACACAGUAUGGAUAAUUGCAUUACACAAUGCAAUGCAUCUAACUGAAACCAUAUUUUUAUUAUUUGUUAUUUUUACUAGUGGUGUAUUGUGGUGCACAUUAUUUAAUCAGAUAGACAAAGUGUAUGUUUUCAACAAAACAGGAUUAAAAAUGCCAAAUUACUAUUUUAAACUGGCUCUAUUUAACCAUGCAUAUAAUGAAGUUCUUUUACAUCAGUGUAUCAUACUAUUGCUAAAAUGUUCCUCAUUAAAUAAUAUGCAUCAUUUUAGAAAAUAUACUGUGGCAGGACUCCGUGUGAUCAAUCUGCAGUGGGCAAUACACUUAGGCUUUUUGAACACAUCCUCAAUCUUUACAAGCCAUUUUGGUGGAUCAAUACUGCCCCCUAUUGGUUGUGAAGUCGUAAAUACAUGAGAGUUCAUACCAAUUUAUGCCACUACCAUCUUUAUUAAUGCAAAUCCUUGUGAUUGACAGUUUUAGCAUCCCGUACAGCAGUAGAAUAAACAGCUAAAAAAACCAGACAGAGCAAUAAUCACCUUUCACAUCCCUGUCUUGAGAUUAUUUACUCUAUAUCCCAUCACAUUUUGGCUUUAUGUGUCUGCUCAACACAAUUUAAACCUUUAAAAAUUCUAGAGGUGCUUCUCACAUUCUUUCCGCUUACUAAAAACACAUUAAACUAUGUGGCAAUAAAAUCCUCUUAUUUACAUUGCUCUUUAUGCAUCUGUCUUUAUAAAAUGGUAUCUAAAUAUAUCUAAAAAAUUAAGAAAUUAUUCUAGUCUUGGACAUUUGGAGACAAACAAAAUUAAGACUAUGAAAUACAGUUUUUCUUCUAUGAGACAGGAUCAUUUUAUCCAGAAUCAGAUAUACUUUUAACCGUGUUCACAUUCUGACCUUGUAAACGCUCAAAUGUUUACUUUUAUACAGUAAAAUGUGUAAUAUAUGUAUGCAAAUGCUUUUUUGAAUGUUUUCUGAUGCAGAUGUGUAAAGCUAUGAAAUAAAGUUAUGGCGGUCUCUAGUGUCUGUACCGUGUUGACUAGAGUAAGGCGUGUAAUAGUAAAGUAUUCCUGAUUUUCAUCACUCUAGUAGCUAACUUACUCAUGAUGUGAAUUAUAGUGAAUUGUGACCUGAAAAGAGAAAGGUAUUUCUUUAACAUACCUUAAAUCUGAAUUCAUAACACUCUAAUGGCAAUGUGGUACGCACAUAAUUACCCAUAGUGCCUCACAGAAAGUAUUAUUGCUAAUAAAAUAAAAUACAAAUUCAAGAUCUUAACAAAAUGACUAACAUCUACCUCUGCUAAAUCAAAGCUAAUGAAAACAUACUGUACCCUGUAUACACAUUCUCUGACACACACA